AAGGUUAGCAAGAUUCUCUUCUUUACCAAAUGCUAUGUGCAUUGCAUCAUGGGAUGACCCAUCAUCCAAGCCAAAGCGUUUCAGAAUUUUUUUAAUCGCAAGUUUGAACAGAGAGUGACAGAUGAAAGAGGUCACAGGAAUUGCUACUAUUUUCGUUUUCUUGAUUCUUUGUUUUAAAGAACUCGUCCAUGUUUCGUCGUCGCCUCUGUUAUAUGGAAACCAGGUUUUUGAGAAAUCUUCUGCUGGAAGAAAUCUUAAACAAGAACAAGAACAUGCUCAUGAAGUGCGUUGCUCAAGGGAGAGAAGUAGGGCAGCUUGGAAAGUGAUAGAGGAUUAUUUGACACCAUUUGUGGAACAAGAAAACUACCAGCUUUCUAGUAAGUGCAGACUUCACCCUGAAAAUGAUAUAUUCAGGGAUCAGGAAGAACACAAAAUUUCCAUUGAUAGACAUGAAUGGCAAUGUGGAUAUUGCAAGAAAAGCUUCCGUGAAGAAAAAUUUCUUGAUCAGCAUUUUGAUAACAGGCACUACAAUCUUCUGAAUCUAAGUCAUGGAAAGUGCUUGGCUGAUUUAUGUGGAGCAUUGCAUUGUGAUGCUGUGAUGAAUUCCAAGUCCUCUAGAAGCAAGUGUAAUCCAGCAGCUGCUGCAAGAAACCGUCACCUAUGUGAGAGCCUUGCUGAUAGUUGUUUUCCUAUAACUGAGGGUCCAUCAGCCGGCCGUCUUCAUGGAUCAAAAAAGUUUCUUCCGCCUGGCUGCUGGAGCAUUGAUCUUGGUGCUACUUCCAGUGUUUUAUCUCUUUCUUUAUUUGAUACAGAGUGAUAUGAAAAGUCGAACUCAAGAGCUUCGUCGCAUCUCAAAAACUAGAUGGAAAGCAAAACCUUCAUGAUUGGUAAUGUUUCUCUUUUAAAUGGCAUACCUUCGUAAUUAAAUGACAAUGGGUUGCAAUGACAACAAAAUUUCCAUUAAUUAAAAAUUAACUAAUAUCAUGUAGGUUGUCUAUUAAUUCUGAUGAUUCUGUUGUUGCAGCCCUUUUUCUCAUUUGGCUUAAAUGUACUGUUUAUUAUCUUUCUGCUGUGUGCGUGUGUAUACGUUGUGCAGUUGGCAAAGCAUUACCUUAGUAAACGAGGAACAAAUCUCUGUGUUGCAUUUUUUUUUAAUUUACCACAACUUUAUUUUUGUUAUUACUAAUCCAUCUAAACAUGUUUAUGUCCGUGCACAUUUUAUGGAGGCUUUGUUUUCUUUACUGAGCAAUAUUCAAUGUCUUAAUGAAUUGUUCACUUCAACUAUAUAUAUUCUCAACUGCAAUUUUGAGCCAUAGCUGUUUGGCAUCAGUUCUCCAAUGUAUUUGUCAACAUCUAGUUCUAUUGGAUCUCAUUUAUUUCAGAAGUGUUUCUCUUUUCCCUACAUCUUCUGUCAACAACAUAUGGUGGGCCGUGUCUCAAAGAUUCUCCAUUGAAUUGCUUUUGUUUCUACUUAUGCAAGACUUUUUACUUUCUUGUAUGUGGAACUCGUUUAUUACUACAGGUUAGAAUGUUGCAAUCAUCAUCUAAGACCGGAGGAUAUACUGCAUAAUGUCAAUUUUGGUCUUCCUCUCAGAAGAUUUCUUUUUGCGUCGUCAGUGUCAAUGAAGGAAUUGUGUGAAAGCGAAGGAAAUCAAAAUUUGUACUGGGGUAAACUUCCCUGAGGUGCUUUAUUGAUGAAGGGCAGCAAAACAUUAUUUGAAGAUCAUAGAUCUUUUGUCCAAAAGAGGAUAUUACCAGAGCAAAUUUAUGUGAUCAUUCGUCUUCAGUCUUACAAACCUCAUUCAACUAACAAAGCAACUAGAUCCAAGGCCAUAUUCAUAGAAGUUGUUCUUCUUAUAGCCAAAAUAGUGUUUGCAUUCGUAACCACUCUUUCGUUAACUGCUGAUUUCGUAAUGAAUGCAAUUCGCAUCAUAAAGCAUUCUUGAAGGCAAAUUCAUAGAAUUCCAGUCUCAGAAUGCAGUGACAAUUCCCAUCCCCUGGUCUAGAAUUUUGUGUCCUUUUUUCAGUCUUUCUUAUAAUUUAAUUAAUGAAAUAAAUUUUUUUAAAAAAAUUGAGCUGGGUUUGUCGGUAAUAC